AGCGGCGCGGCGGUGGAGGUGGAGGUGCAGACGGGGGGUGGGGCGGUGGGACUGUGGGAGUGGGCGUACUGGCGUGGUGCGGAAAAGCCGCGGCUUUUUUUUGUCCUGCGUCGUCGUCGUCGUCUUCGUCGCCGGGAGCAGUGUUCAGCUGGCGUGGCUCAGAAUCUCAGCGAGGUUACAGCACUGACAGCACUCUAGUUCAUUGGGAGGUUACAAGAUGAUUGAGGGGAGGAGGCAUUCGGUGGACAUUCCGAUUUCGAGGGCCCUGUUGGCCGUGAUGAGGUCCAGAUCUCUGAGGGACCCUGAGACCAACUCGCUGGCCAAGUUCUCGGCCAAGAAGACCAUCUGGGAGGGCUGUUCUCUCGAGGAAGACGACCUGGAGGGGAGCAAUUAUGGCAGGCAUAGUUUUAGUUACAACAUGUAUGAUCAUCUCCAGAGGAGAAGGGAGGAAUUUGGGGAGAGCGCAAGGUCCGGCCGGCUGGCGAACUCGCCAAUCAACAUCAUCAAGGCCAAUGCGAGAGUGAAGGCGGCGCUUCAUAACCAGAACUGCUCCUCGGUGAUUUCAGGGAUGUCAAGGGCAACAAGGGACAGAGCAUCCUCUUUGAUGAUCGAAGGAGAGCAAUUAGGUCGGAGGGAGGGAGCUACAUUUCAGGAAAGCGCGAGAAGUUUGCUUCAAAAGUACCGGCCCAAGGUCUUCUCCGAGCUGGCUGGACAAAAUGUUGUUGCUCAGUCUCUUUCAAGCGCUGUUUUGAAAGGAAAACUUGCUCCUAUCUAUCUCUUCCAUGGUCCGCAUGGCAUAGGCAAGACAUCUGCGGCUAGAAUAUUUGCAGCGUCACUGAAUUGCCACUCUCCAGGUCAGAACCAACCUUGUGGGCACUGCGAGGAGUGCUUGGCCAUAUUCUCAGGAAACAGUAACAGUGUGAUAGAGGUUGAUGCUUCCAAACUGGAUUGCAAAUCUAGAGUUGCUGCCUUGCUCAGGAAUGCCUGUGAAGUUCCUGCUUCUUCGCACUUCAAGGUUCUUAUUGUAGAUGAUUGCCAACACAUGGAUAAGGAGGGAUGGUACUCUGUCUACAGUAGCCUUGAAGGGAUCCCUGACAGCUCAAUCUUUGUGAUGAUCACAUCUGACAUUGACAAAUUGCCAAGCAGUUCAGUUGGAUGGUGCCAGAGCUACAGGUUUUGCAAGGUAGACGAUGCAGAGAUCACCCUCCGAUUGAGUAUGAUUUGCAUGAAUGAAGGUAUGGAGUUCGAAGCUGAAGCACUGGAGCUUAUUGCUCGCAAGGCCAAUGGUUCCAUUCGAGAUGCAGUUCAAAUGCUUGACCAGCUUACUCUGCUAGGAAAAAGGAUCAGCAAGUCAGUAACAUAUGAUCUAAUAGGCGAUGUCUCAGAUGAGGAGUUGCUUGAUCUUCUCAAUUUGGCCUUUUCAUCGGAUGCUGCUACCAUUGUCAGGAGGGCUAGGGAGCUUUUGAGUUCAAAGGUUGACCCCCUGCAGUUAUUAGCUCAGCUUGCAAACCUUAUCAUGGAUAUUUUAGCUGGGAGGCACCAGUCUGAUUCUUCGGAAGUCAGAAAAGUUACUGGUAAACAUACAUCUGCUGAAGUCGAUGUGCACAAGCUUAGGAAUGCACUGGAAAUACUUUCUGAAACUGAAAAGCAAUUGAAAACCACGAAGAACCAGUCUACAUGGCUUACGGCAGCACUGUUACAGUUUAAUAUGAGAGAGCCCUACUGCCUAGAUGAUGCCGCAGUUUCAAGCAUGUUCACAGAGAGUCAGACAGAUGAUGGGGCUGCUAUCUUGAAAGAUGAAAGCUUAGAUACUAGUUCUCACCUUUGCUAUCAGAACAAAAUUGGUUGUCUAGAUAUGAAUUUAGGAGAUCCAGAUGUACUAGAGACUAUAUGGAUUAAGGCUAUUGAGAACUGCACAUCUAAGCCACUUCAUAGUCUGUUGAGAAAAGACGGGAAAUUGUCAUCCCUCUACACCACCCAAGGUGUAGCAGUUGCUGAGCUGCAGUUCUGCCACCCUGAGGAUGUACCUACAACAGAGAGCUUCUGGAAGCCACUUGUGGUUUCUCUGCAGAAUUUGCUGAAGUGCAAUGUGGAUAUCCGAAUCAAUCUUUCCCCAAUCUCCGCCAGAAAUGGAGUCGUAUCCAAGAAUUCAUCAGUCAGCCUGGUCAUGCAAUCCAGGGAAGAGGAUCAGGAGACGCAAAAUCUGGUCUCGACAGGUUGCAGAACAGUAGCUUCAUCAAGAAAAGAGUGUCCUUCUCCACUCGUGGGGCAACCGAAGGAGAAGCCGUCGCAUAUUCUGGGGUGCCUCCAUGCUACCGAUGGCGAUCCGGUCGAUGCCGAGUCAAGGAUCUUGAGCUACCAGAAGAUCUCAGUCAUACCUGAAGCAUCCACUCCAGGGAAUGGUUCCUUCAAAGCUGGAGGGCACACACCAAAGGUUGACGAAGGCAGAGCUCGCCGAGGCUGUCUCUCCAAGAUCCUACAGCGUGGUGCUCAUGAUCCUUACCAAAAGCCGCGAUCUCACGAUAAAAAUGGAGCUUUGCCUCGCAAGGGACUAUUCAAGUGCUGUUUCUGUAAGAUCAGACCAGACUGCAAGACGAAAGCGGAAGAAACUGAUGUGUUCCAAGGACACAGCAAGAACUGAAACAAGGUUGGUGGUGAUGAUUUUCAUUUGGUUGAAGCUGACUACAAGUUGUCCAUUCUUGUAUACUGGUAUGUUAGUUGAGCUCUGGGUUAGAAUCACCUAAGUUUAGAUCAAAGUAUGUGAAUCUGUUAACUGCA